AUGCAGAAUGACAUUGCCAGGCAAACAAUAGCAGCUGCUGAGCAUAAAGGACCAGAAACUGCUUUUAAACACCAGAUUCAGAACCUAGUUUGGAACAUUACCAAGGGGUUUCCACUCCUGGAAAAAGUCAUCAAGAGGGACAGAAGGAGUCCUCCUGGGUCCAGGCUCUGCCAGGCUGCCGGGAGUGCGAAUGCCCGCAAGCGUGCGCCCGUGGGAGGCGCCUGCGCUCUUCCCUCAGGGGCCCAGCGCUGUGGUGAGGAUCCUCACGGUCAGCCUGGCCUCUCACUGGCCGUGGACCAGGACCCCAGGCCGCGCAACAUAGCCCCGAGGCGCCUCGUCAAUGCUCGCGCUCCACCUCACCCCCUCAGCUUCCUUCCUCCAUUCUGCACUCCGGAGAGCAAGCGCGGGCUGGAUCCGAACCUGGGCCGGAGCACCCAGAUCACGGCGCACUGCGGCUGGGGCUGUUGGGACGUUCCUUUAUUAAUUUAUUUGUGGAGAGCUAUCUCUGAGCAUCCGCGGUGGCCAGCACCAGGAGCAUUGAGCUGGAGCAAUUUGGAAGAACGGGACAGAAGGCCACGGCCAGGGUCGCGGAGAGGUGCUCCCAGCUCCUCCGGGGCCAGCAGCAUCUCUAGCCCCAAGGGCAAUGGGCUCUUCCUCAGCCUGGUGCACAUUGCUCACUGCAACUUCUACUGCACCUCGGAUUUGCAGGACUUAAACUCAGAGAAGAAGGCCAAGAAGGCAUGCUUCUACCGGAAUGGGGACCGUUACUUCAGAGGCCUGGUCUUUGCCAUCUCCAAUGAUCGCUUUCAUUCCUUUGAUGUGCUCCUCAUAGAGCUGACCUGCUUCCUGUCUGACAAUGUGAACCUGCCUCAGGGCGUCCGCACAAUCUACACCAUAGAUGGCAGUCGGAAGGUCACCAGCUUGGACAAGCUGCUGGAAGGUCUGAGCACUUGGGAACAAACAAGCAUCCACCCAUCCAAUCCUUACAGAAGGCCCCUGACUGGACUCAAGAUGCCCCCGCACCCCGAGAUCCCUCGCUGGAGACUGCAGGAAGAUUCCCAGAGCGCCACAGUGUCCACAGACUCUGCCCAGAAGGCGACCAGGACUCCACCGGUUGCCUGGGCCAUGCCCAGAGAGGCUUUAGGCCCCUGACUGAACUCAGGAUGCCCCCGGACCCCGGGAUGCCGCGCUGGAGGCUGCAGGAAGAUUCCCAGAGGGCCACAUAGGGCACAGAGGGCCACAGUGCGCCCCAGUGUCCACAGACUCUACCCAGACAGCGACCAUUACUCCACCGGGGGCCUGUGCCAUGCCCAGAGAGGCUUCAGGCCCCUGACUGGACUCAGGACGCCCCCGGACCCCGGGAUGCCUCGCUGGAGGCUGCAGGAAGAUUCCCAGAGGGCCACAUAGGGCACAGAGGGCCACAGCGCGCCCCAGUGUCCACAGAUUCUGCCCAGACAGCGACCAGGACUCCACCGGGGGCCUGGGCCGUGCCCAGAGAGGCUUCAGGAUCUGUUUGGAGGACCACAAGCCAUGCUAUGUUGAAUCUAUGAGCUACUGUCCUCAGACCAGGAAGAGCAGUUUGGCUGAGCUGUCAGAACUGCUUGGAUAGGGAUGAAUCAGGAGUCAGACAUGUUCUGUUGUUCUUUGUGGUGACCUGGGUAGUGGCUCUUGAACUCUGAGCUUUUUUGAGUGUGGUGGAGGCUCUGCCAUCCUGGCAUGGAAGACUAUGAGCUUGUAAUAUCGUUUCCUGAUGCUUUGUAAUUGCGAAUUUCUUUAAACAAUGCUGGCUAUAUUUCAGGAUUAGGCUUUGACUGGUCUAUGAGAGCCAAAAUAAACCAGCUAAUGAGUGACCUCUUGUCUCUCUGACUUUUCCUGUGUGAUUGUAGAUAAAGACGCAUCUGUGAAUGAAUUGAGUGCAUAGACAAAGUUUGAAGCUGGUAGAUUCACAGUACAGAAAAGGAGAGACAGGAGAACUUUCCUAUUUCAACAGUAACUGAGAUUAGCAAUGUUUAACUAUGUACUGAUUGCCUAAUUAGGAAUUAGGUAAUUAAUUUUAGAUGCUCCAUAAAUGUCCUGAUGGUCAUUUCUUGGUGUCCACAGAAUAGGCAAUGAAGAAUCUUGACUGACCUUAUUAUGAAACCCAAUUGCUAUAGUUACAAUAGUUCAAACAAAAUAGAUCAUAGUUAAAUGUUGUGUCCCUGCCUAACAGGACUGUUACUGGUUUUAGAUAUAUACCCUGAGUUAAAAGAUUUAGAUAUCUUUGAUGUGCUUUAUUACAAAUCCCUAGAUUAUGGAGCCCAUGGCCAUAAAUCCUGUUUCAACUUUUCAAAAUAAUUUCUUGAGAUUAUAACUAUAUCAUAUCCAC